AUGAAGGGAAUCACUCUUCUUUCGCUUUUUGGUGCUGCUCUAGCUCAUCCGGCGGGCCUGUGGUGGGGUACCGAUCUCUGCUACACUAGCCCAGAGAAUACCGACAAUCAGUGCUCAGAGGCUCAGGAGAACGGCUUUGACUUGUCUGAGCUGUUAGACGAUGACGAUUGGGUCUUUGGAGGCAAUUGGGACUUUGGAGGCUUUCACUUUGCUGGCCUCGAGGCCAAGAAAGACUGUCAUGAGUCUGGCUACGGGAGCACUUGUCUUGGUGGAACGCUUUCUAGUGAUGAUGACUGGACAAUCAAGAUCUCUGCCGAGGAUGCUCCAUUCUCAAUCCGAAACUUCCAUCUGUCAACCUCCGAGGACACCGAUGUCUUGAUCAUCUACGAGAUGUCUGAUGGUACUUCCUGUCGUCAUGUCGCGUCGAGCUCGUCCGAUGGAAUUGAUGUCGGCAAUGACCAGUGUGGUGGUGCUGUCUCAGUCGAGUUCACACUUCCGGAAGACAGCAAGUUCGGGGAUUGUGAGCUAGAGAUCUAUUCAAUCGACUUUGACUGCUCUACUGGAACCAAGCAGCCUGAGCCUCCUGCGCAUUGGACCUCUCCGGUUACUCCUGAGGUGUCUACCAUCAGCCACUUUGAUCCUCCUCACACUCACUCGGAGCCCACCUCAAGUAUCUCCCUGUCCACCGCGCAUUGGACCCGGCCUGUCACACCUGAGGUGACUACCAUUAGCCACUUUGAUCCUCCUCACACUCACUCGGAGCCCACCUCAACUAUUUCCCUGCCUACCACGUAUUGGACCUCCUCUGUUACGCCCGAGGUUUCUACUAUUAGCUAUGACGACCCCCCUUACCCUCACUCGGAGCCUACCCCAACAAAUUCCCUGCCCACCGCGUAUUGGACUUCCACUGUUACGCCCGAGGUUUCUACUAUCAGCCAAUAUGACCCCCCCCACACUCACUCGGAGCCUACCACACCAGCUUCUCUGCCUGUCACACCGAAGGAUCCUAUCGUUAGCCAGUCUACCUGGCAGCUGACGACCUCAACAGUCUGGACUACACAGGAGUUCACUAUCACCAAAUGCGCACCCACUGUCACUAACUGCCCUGGCCAUUCGACUGUAUCGGUUACCUCUACAUAUCCCUUGUCAACCACGGUCUGCCCAAUCAGCCCCGUCGAUCCGGAGACCAGCACUGCAUCUCAGGUUGUUUACACAGACCCUCUGAUCACGGGGACUAUCCAGACCACGACCGCUACCGCCCCCAACCCACCCGCUGUCACUGUCCCCUGCCCCAACGUGGUACCCAAGUGCCUCAACACCUGGCUCUCCAUUCCCAAGUGCGACUCCAACAGCGAUGUCGGAUGCUUCUGCCCGUCCACUGAGUUCACAGACAAAGUCAGCUCGUGCAUUCGGGCCUGGAGCAGCUCUAAAGACGAAGAGGAUUCCGCCCUUGCUUACUUCGCCGGCAUUUGCGCCCCCUACGUCCCAAAGAACCCUGCUAUCGUCGACAUCGUUUCAACCUCCACGUCGACUUUCACUUCUUUGGUCUACGCCCACACCACCACCGCUGAUCCUGAAACCACACCUACUUCUGUCGAGGCUGUUGGCGUCACCUCAUCUGUUCCUCAGACUCCCUGUACCACCAUCAGCUGGGCCUCGCAUACCGCAACUGUUCCCCUGGUUGGAUUCAGCACGGUCACUUGCUCUUCCACAACCUCCGUGAAUUUGGUUGUGGUUUCUACUAUCGAUCCUCCUUAUAACACCGGUUAUCAGCACAUUGCGUCCUCGACGAUGGCAACUAGCUGCAAAACUCCCACCCCGCUUAAUACACCAGCUGCCCCUACUGCCACUUUCUCCAAGCCCAACGGUGUCGUCACACCAAACGAGCCCACGGCAUCCGAGCCAACCGAAACUCCCACUUACGGCAAUGCGGGAUCGAAAUUGCCUUUGUCUAGUUUCUGGGCUUUCGGUCUUGUGAUUUUGGCUCUUCUCUUCUAA